GAUCCUCCAAAGUUGAUUGCAGGUUUGGCUUUUACCAACAAAGAUAAAGGAAAAAGCAGUUUCCUAUCAUAGUUCCCAACGGAUCCAGUCCAUGAAGUUAACUCCAGUCUACACACAAUCAGAACUACCAACUCGGUCCUCUUCUUUGUGUGCUUGAUUCUGGUGUUCCACCAUAAUCGGACCUCCCCUCUUUUGUCUUUUUUCUUUUUUAAAAAAAAUUUGGAGCAACUGAAUUUGGAUACUUGAAGCUAAAAGUUGAAGUAAUCCAUGGUGAUGCGAAAUCCUGUGGUCGAUCCACAAGAUCAGAGGAAAACUUCCAACAUGGAGGAUUCCUCUGCAAUGACUAUUGAAUUCUUGCGGGCUAGGUUGCUUUCUGAAAGAUCCAUAUCAAGAAGUGCUAGGCAGAGAGCUGAGGAACUGGCAGAAAAGGUUAUUGAAUUAGAGGAAGAGCUGAGGAAAAUCACUCUGCAAAGGAAGAUGGCUGAGAAGGCGACAGCAGAUGUUCUUGCAAUUCUGGAGAAUCAAGGGAUUGGUGAUAUAUCUGGAGAAUUUGAUUUGGGAUCAGAAGGGUCAGACCAUGAUAUUACUUGUGAUUCCAGUGUAAGUAAUGGUUAUGCAAAUGCUGCCGAGAGGUCUACGAGCUCAAAAGUGAGAAGACAUGCUUCAGAAGAGCUUUCUGGUUCAAAUGUGGAUCCAUCUCCAUCACCCGGUAGAAGCUUGUCCUGGAAAGGGCGUCUGGAUCCUUGCUGUUCCCUUGAAAAGUACAAGACUUCUCAUGUGAGAAGACGAAACAGUUUAUCAUCAAGCAGCUCUUCUGCAAGGCAUCUAGCAAAGUCAUGUCGCCGGAUAAAACAUAAAGAAACUAGCUCAGAGAAUGAAGUUGCAUCUUCUUCUGAAGGUUUUCCUAAUGACUCCAAUGGUGAGCCUUGUGUCCGUCUGAGAAUGGAAUCUAAAACUCAGGAAGAGGAUGAAUCAGACUUGAUGCUAGCUAUAAACAAAAAUCAUGAUCUUGAUGGAUGUGAAAGGGAGGACAUGGAAAAGGCUCUUGAACACCGGGCCCAACUUAUUGACCAGUAUGAAGCAAUGGAGAAGGCUCAGAGAGAAUGGGAAGAUAAAUUUAGAGAGAAUAACACUAGUACACCUGAUUCUUUUGAUAUGGGGAAUCAUUCUGACAUCACUGAGGAACGAGAUGAGAGAAAGGCUCAAAUUCCAUGCUCUGCAAAUGAGACCACCUCGUGUAUACAACCAGAUAAAUCAGAAAACAUAAGUGUUUAUGCACCUGAAAAAACGAUCAAUGCUGAGCGCAGAGAUGAUAUGCCAAAAUCCUUUGAUGAUACAGGUUAUAACAAUCAAAGUAGCAAAACUGUCAGCACUUCUGGCAUGAUUCAAGAAAGUUCACAUUCUCUGUUGAAGGCGAUCCAUAACCAUAGCCAAGAAAACCAACAUUCUCAAACUUCAGAUAGUCAUAAUCAAGGUCCAAGUAAGCAUGAAUUCCCCAACUUCAAGCCGACAGAUUCGUCAGCAACUGAUGUUUAUCAAGGUCUGCCCCUAAAAGAUAGCCAAAUGAACAAAAACGGCCUCUCUGAAUGGGGUGUUCAUAAGAAAUUUCAUGAAUUUAGUGUACUGGAAUCACUUAAACAUGCUAAGCUCUCCUUACAAGAAGAGAUCAGUAAGCUGCCUCUUGUGAAGAGUGGCAACCCUGGUAAAGACAUUAAUUCUUUGGCGACUAUCAGUAGAGAUGAGGAUAAUCGAUAUGACAUCCCUGUUGGAGUUGCUGGUCUGUUCCGAGUACCAGCUGAUAUAUCUUAUGGAGCUAUGGCUGGAUACAGUGCUCAUGAUUCAACUGCCAGAUUAAAGUUACAUCGUGGGAGAGGCAUUUCUGGAACUUGGGGUGGUCAACUUGGUGCAGAUUCGUACCAAAGCGCAAUGUUCUCUGCAAACAAUCAAUCACUUGCCACCCAAUUCAGUGAAACAUUCUCUACCACCCCUUCUGUUCCUUUAGGUAAUCAUGUGUUCCGUACGCAUCCCAUUUCUGCAUCUUAUCAAAUUGCAACUCGACAGAUGUCAUUUGAUGAAGGGCCUUCAAAACCCCAUUCAAGUAGCAUAGUUGAUGUUCCUCCUGCAUAUGAUUUCUCAUUUCAUGGUGAUCAUCUGAGAUAAAACAAGCAUUUAUGGCUACUUUAGGUUGCUAGUAGCUUCACCCUUGCUGCUAAAAGAGAUGGUUUUGGUCUAUUGUGCCUUGUGUCUGGGUUGAUAAUGGAAUGAGAGAUUAAUUGAUGCUAAAAUACUCUCAAAAUGCUAUGAGCACACUAAAAAUUAGCUACCAAAUUAGGCACUAUGUAUUUGUGUAUGAAUACAUAUGUAGUUUAACUCAUUUUUAAUGUGUAUUUUGUAUUUUAAUGUGUAUUUUACAUUGAUAGUCGAUUUUAGUAUACACUUAGCAUGGUUGAAAAUACCUGUAACUAUU